AAAUUCCCGUUCUCGCGCCCAUGCAACACCCCGUUGAAGUUGAGUGUUUAUUGGUUGAACCUGGGAUGAAGGGGUCAAAUGCCACUUGAGACUGCGGGCGACGCAGACUUCACUUCGCGAACCACAAGAUUCGACAUUUCGUUCAUGCCUGACUCCUCCUCUGCUCAUAAACUUGAGUGAUAACUUCCUUCUUCCUCCCGUCGCUCAAACCACAGCCACCUCUCGCUCCACGCAAUGCCUGCCCGACGACCCCGAAGAUAAUCUUGCGAUGCAUAUCAUCAAGCCAAUAUGGCUCACCCACGGAGGCGAAAAGAAGGACUUUGAAGUGUACAGCUGCCACGUUUCCCCGGAUGGCCAACGUCUGGUCACCGCAGCCGGUGACGGUCAUGUGCGGAUUUGGUCGACCGAAGCGAUCUACAACGCUGCGAACGCAAAAUAUGACAAACCCAAGCAGUUGGCGUCGAUGAGCUACCACUCUGGCACGAUCCACACGGUUCGCUUUUCGCCUGGGGGAAAAUUCCUGGCUUCUGGCGCGGAUGACAAGAUUGUUUGCAUAUAUACACUCGAUCCUAGUCCGCCGAGUCAUGCCGCAUUUGGUUCAAACGAGGCCCCUCCGGUAGAGAACUGGCGCAUUUUUCGCAGACUCAUUGGGCAUGACAACGACGUCCAGGAUAUAGGUUGGUCUUAUGAUGGUACGAUAUUGGUAUCAGUCGGACUCGACUCAAAAGUGGUGGUGUGGUCAGGCUUUACAUUCGAGAAACUCAAGACACUACCAAACCAUGCUAGCCAUGUCAAAGGCAUCACCUUCGACCCCGCGAACAAGUAUUUUGCGACUGCGAGCGACGACCGUAGCAUCAAGAUCUUUCGCUUCACAUCGCCUACCCAGAACUACACGACCCACGAUGCGGUCAAUAACUUCAUACUCGAGCACACAAUUACGCAACCGUUUGUCAACUCUCCCCUUACGACAUACUUCCGAAGAUGUUCAUGGGCGCCAGACGGUCAGCACAUUGCGGCCGCCAAUGCGGUGAACGGACCGGUGAGCGCGAUCGCUAUCAUCAAUCGUGGAACCUGGGACGGUGACACCACUUUGAUCGGUCAUGAAGGGCCAGUGGAAGUAUGUGCUUUUUCACCAAGGCUGUACGGAGCGGAACCCUCAAAUCGGUCACAUCCUGAAGGUCACGUUGUUCCUCAUACCACUGUCAUUGCUUGUGGAGGUGCCGACAAGUGCUUAAGCAUAUGGACCACCAGCAGUCCUCGACCACUCGUCGUACAACAAGACGUCGCAGGCAAGCCUAUUUGCGAUAUCACUUGGAGUCCAGAUGGCCAAGCACUUUUUGCGACUGCCUUAGAUGGUACGAUUCUGACUGUAAUGUUCGAACCAGGCGAGCUGGGGUAUCCAAGACCUAUUGAAGAGAAUGAUCGGUCACUUAGUAAGUUCGGUACUUCAAGGAAAGGACUGGGGUUCCCGGAGACGACGGAUGCUUUGUUGCUCGAAGAGAUGAGCAAGGCUGGCGAGCUAAAGGGCGUGGAAGGGAGAAUGGGCGCAUUAAUGGGCGACCUGCACUCUACGCAGCCGGCAGCAGCAGGCACGGCGGCAACUACGAACGGUACUACGACGACCGAGACGCUUCCCAAUGGAAACGACACCACCAUCAAUGGACAGACGGCGGCAGCAAAGGCACAAGGUGAUCAGGACCAGGCCAAACUCGAAAGGCUCAAGAAUAGAGUCGAAAUCACAAAGGAUGGUAAAAAGAGGAUAAGGCCUCUGCUAAUGUCUGGUGCUGGAGGUGCUGAAUCUUCAUUACCUCAAACGAAACUUGUUAGCGCCACUGCGAACGUUCAAGCUGCGAUUGACGCACCUCAGUCAAUCCUUGACUUAUCCAAACCCUUUGACGGCCUCCCCAAGGGUGGUCUGGCAGCUUUACUGCUUGGUAAUAAGCGAAAAUACGCCCAAAUCGACGGGGAAGAAGAAGGCACUACCGAGAAACGAGUUGUUGCCGCCAGUCAAAAAGGAGCUACGCCCAUCGUUGUUAACGGCGCUGAUGGGUUGCUCCCAGCACAACCACAACCGGCUGUAAGUGGGCAGCAAGUCACACCGGACUUUAUACGACCUGCUGUUGUGAAUCCAGCAUUGAGUGUCAGUCAAGUCCGACUUGCGGUUCCGAAGGUCAGAACACAGAUCGUGCAAGGAAUCGACGCCUCCGGGAAGCCGAGCGAUGUCGGCAGCGAUGGCGCUGGCAAGCUGAGAGCGGAAUUCGUCUUUGAGGCGCGCAAUCCCUCAGGGCCAUCUUUGACACCGAGAGCUCAGGAUCGCGAGCCUUGUCGGAUCACACUUGCCAGGAAAGAUCAGCCGCUAUGGCAGGAUUUCCUGCCUCGACCGGUUCUUCUCGUCACCGGGAACCAGAGCUUCUGGGCUGCGGCCGAUGAGACGGGCUCCAUAUACUUGUGGACACCGCACGGUCGACGACUAAACAGUGCCUUGGUCAUGGAAGCUCAGCCUGUCAUCCUGGCGUCAUACGAGUCCUGGCUGCUUUGCACCACGGCGGUCGGAAUGUGUUAUGUGUGGAACGUCAAGACAAUGUCAUCGCCUCACCCUCCAGUAUCGUUGGCACCUGUUCUGGACGCGGCAAUUCACUCUCUUGCAGCCCAUCCUACAGGUGCGCCGGCAAUCACACAAGCUCGUCUGAACUCUGAAGGACGAAUCAUUGUCAGUCUGUCCAACGGAGAUGGAUAUGCGUAUUCCCCUCAAAUGUUUUGCUGGCAGCGCUUGUCAGAAGUCUGGUGGGCUGUUGGCAGUCAGUACUGGAAUACCACAGACUCUUCUGUCGGCAACGUUCAGUCCUCGAAAGCAAGGAACGACGUAGAAAGGACUGCUGAUGUCUCUUCCGGUAUCGUGCCGUGGCUGGAAAGAAACACGACUUCAGAGACAUUGCUGCGUGGUCGGGCUUACUUCCUGCAGCGGUUGAUCAAGGUUCUAUUGUCAAGGGAAGGCUUCGAAAGCUUCGAAUCUGGAGUCUCGAUAGCACACCUUGAAAAUCGGAUAGCCGCAGCGCUUAUGCUGGGUGCAAAGGAUGAAUUUCGGAUAUACUUACUCAUGUAUGCGAAACGGCUAGGGGCCGAAGGGCUGAGAUUGAAAGUCGAGGAGCUCCUGCGGACUCUUAUUGGUGGUAUCGUUGAGCAAGCAGAGCAAAAUGGCGAGAGUGCGGCAGCUGUGAUGAAUGUUGUGGAAGGACGAAAUUGGCAAGACGAUUCCAAGACGAUCUGUGGCUGGCCACGAGAAGAUCUUCUCAAGGACGUGGUCCUACUUCUCGGCAAACAUCGCGAUCUUCAAAGAAUCAUAGUGCCAUUCGCUAAGAUGCUUCAUAUCGUUGAUACCGCAACGGGGGAUCAGGAUGAGAUGGCCAUGUGAGUGUAAUGAGUGUUCAGGCAUUGUGAAGGCGUACAAAGGUGCUAUACCCCCAUGCGAGUUGGUCAGGCUUCGGGUCAAAAUUCGUUGUAUUACUGGCAGCGCGGCGUAUCCAGGUGAAGAUAGGAUGGGAUAGAUGAGACUUUCAGA